AAACUACACAUUUCCGCCACCACAGACAGCUAUGCCAAACGCCUCAAAUAAAUUCUCAAACAAAACUUCUAUUAAAAAUACUCCAAAAACACCAAAAAGAUGUUCAAUUCCAUUUAAUCAAAAUUUAAUAUAUUUUAUGGGAAUUAUUUUUGUUUUAAUUUUCUUUGUCUGUCAAUGCUCGGCUCAGCCAGUACUUUUGGCUAAUAAUGAUGAUAUUGCCCUUUUUAAGUUAAAAAGAGAGCAGUUAGAACAUCAAAUGAAAAAACGUUUUUAUGCUUGGGAUGAAAUGUCAGCAAAAAGAUCACUUAUUCCCUCAGCUAGAGCACUUAGCCAUAUGGGGCUAACUGCUGGGGAUGCUUCUGCUGAGGAAUUAAUUGGACAUUUAUUAGCAGAACAACAACAACACAAUCAACAACAAUUAACACCUAAUAACAUGUUAAAACGUGGAAUGCAAAAUAUGCCCCCCUCAGAACGUUCAUCAUUAGCUGCUGCCGCUUUAGCAGCUAAUUUACUUCAUUUUCAACGUCCUUAUUCAAUAAAUCGAAUGAUUUUGGAUGAGCAAUAUAGUUAA